CCUUCUCUGUUUAAUGGGGUUAGCGACACUGAGUGGUAUGCAGAAGGGGCUGUGGGGCAGCUCUCACCAAGUGGGCUGAAGCACCGGGGUGCACAGGGGUAGUUAAUAGGCAGACUGUGGGCCAAAUCUGGACCACCAGACACUUUAGAACAGACCCCGAAAUCUUUUUAUUUACCUGUUGUUUUUAUUGCGGUGUGAAAAAUGUGUCUCUGGAAUCUGGACUUGACUAUAGUUUGACCAAGAAAUUUGGACCUCGACAGAAAAUAAUUGACUACCCCAACAUAUGGACAGGGACCCAAGUGCCUUCAGUAUUUAUUUACUCUGGGUUCUGUUGGGGAGCCCGGCCCCCAGUCCUGCCCCCUUCCUGCCUCUGCUUGUAUGGAACUCUAAUCCUAAUGGCCUGAUCCUGACACUGGCUUCUGUUGCCACCAUCCCUGCCUGUCUCUGUCACCCAGUGUCAUAUUGUUUGACUGGGGCUGCUCACAUGGGGACUGGCCCUCACUGAAACUUGGGGCAGGAUAGCAUUGAUACGUCUGGGGGGCUUCUGCUGGGGAAGCCUUUUACAUCCCCCUCUGAGCUCAUAGGAGCCUGGACCCCUGUCUGGAUCUUGUGUCAGGGGCUGCUCCUGGAUGGGCAGGCAGGGGUGCCUUGGAGUUGCCUGACUGCCUUGCUGCAGUGAGAGAUGAAUGGACCAGAGGAGAUGAUGUGACACGCCAGGUUAUGAGCCUCAAUGAAUACGAGAAAACGCCACGGCUCUAAGAACACGGAUCAGGGCGUUUAUCUGGGACCUUCGCAGAUACAGGAGCUGCCCCCGCCUGCUGCCACCACUGUCGCCUCCUCCCUGUCAUUCCCAGACACCAUGUCGUGUCGCGAUCGCACCCAGGAGUUCCUCUCCGCCUGCAAGUCCUUGCAGAGCAGACAGAAUGGGCUGCAGCUGAACAAACCCGCUCUGAACGCCAUGCGCCAGAGGAGCGAAUUCACCGUCAUAGCCAAGCGCAUCGGGAAAGAUCUCAGCAACACCUUUGCCAAGCUGGAGAAGCUGACCAUCUUGGCCAAGCGGAAGUCCCUGUUUGACGACAAGGCGGUGGAGAUAGAGGAGCUGACGUACAUCAUCAAACAGGACAUCAACAGCCUGAACAAGCAGAUUGCCCAGCUGCAGGACUUCGUGCGGGCCAAGGGCAGCCAGAGCGGGCGGCACGUGCAGACCCACUCCAACACCAUUGUGGUGUCGCUGCAGUCCAAACUGGCCUCAAUGUCCAAUGACUUCAAGUCAGUGCUGGAGGUGAGAACAGAGAACCUGAAGCAACAGCGGAGCCGGCGUGAGCACUUCUCCCGCACCCCGAUGCCCCUUACUGCCAGCAACCUGGGUGGCUCCGCGAUGCUGCAGGAUGAACCACGGCGGGCGGGGGACGUGGCCAUUGACAUGGACAACCGGACGAGCCAGCAGCUGCAGCUGAUUGACGAACAGGAUUCGUAUAUCCAGAGCCGGGCGGACACCAUGCAGAACAUUGAAUCCACCAUUGUGGAGCUGGGCUCCAUCUUCCAGCAGCUGGCGCACAUGGUGAAAGAGCAAGAGGAGACCAUCCAGAGGAUUGAUGCCAACGUGGAGGACGCCCAGCUGAAUGUGGAGGCCGCGCAUUCCGAGAUCCUCAAAUACUUCCAGUCAGUUACCUCCAACCGCUGGCUCAUGGUCAAGAUCUUCCUCAUCCUCAUCGUCUUUUUCAUCAUCUUUGUGGUGUUCCUGGCCUGAGCUGUCCCCUUGCACCUGCCCUCCCCCAGGACCUGGAGCCCCCGUCCUCUCUCUGGCGGAGCCACUCGUGGACAUCUAUGCGCUGGACUCUUAGUUCUCACCCAGGUGGGGCAGCCUGGUGCCAGAGGGGCUCUCCCUCCUCACGCUGUGACCUGUGGACUCUGCUACAGCUCUGGGAACUCCCAGGCUGGACGUCCCAGGACUGAGUGGGGGCAGGCAGGUGCCUUGGUUCCCAUGUAUGGUAGCGCCAGGACUCUGCAGCAAAGGGUGCUGCCUGUGGGGUGCUGACACCAGUGUUGGAGGAACCUCUAGUGCUGGGACUCUCACCAGAGCCCACCUCACACCUUGUGUGGGGCUACUCCUCCCCCUAUCCUGCGCAGGGGCUCACCAGCUAUCUACAGCCAGGACUAACUGCCCCCCACCCCCAGCACUCAUCACCUAGCGGCUCUUUGGUGUGCAUGGGGAAGGGGUUGCCCACGGACGUGCCUUCGCCAGCCCUGUGGGGCAUUUGGCUGAGUGACGGGUUAGCCCCGUUCCCCCCACCCUUAGUUUUAUUUUGUGUAUUUAAGUCUCAUCCUUCUCCCAUAGUUAUGAGGCUGCCCCAAGCACAGACUCCCCACUCUGCACCCCUCCCCGGCCACUUGGGCGCCACUGCAGCUGGGGCUGGCCCUGACAGUUGGAUAGGUCUGUCUGUAUGGCUGUCAGUGCAGAGGGAGAGGUGGGUGUGUCUCCCCUACACCCCCCUCACGCUGUUGCUCUGUUGCCUAAGUAAGCACCACGCGCUGGACUUCCCCAGAGAAGCUCCUGCUGCCAUAGGUGCUCUGAGCCCUGCGCUGAUGGCCCCUCUCUGGGGUAGGCAGCACUGGGCUCCUUGCACCUGAGCUGUGAUUGUGGCGGGGGCGGCAGAGCUCAGUCCUCUCCACUGUGGUCCCUGCGGUGAGCUGUGUGUGGCUCCUUCCCUUAACAUCAUAGGAGGUGCUAGGCCAUGGUGCCCUCCUCACCAUCUCUCUAUGGUCUUGCUAAACCCCAACCCCUUAUGGGGUGAUGCCCCUUCCCCCAGCAGAGUGGGGAGGGGCAGGGGCCUUAUUCCUCUCCCUGCUGGCACUCUCACACAAUGUCCUGUCCAAUGGUUGAUGUAAAUAACCCUGCCCUGGCCGAGCCCAGGCGCUAAGGGCCUGAUCAUGGUGGCUGAGAUGACCCCCGGUCAUGACCCUGCUGUGACCUCAGCCCCCCUUCACCCCCAGGAUUCUUCCCCACAAUCACCUGGUCUUAACAUUCCAAUGUGGGUGCUGCCUCCUCUACCUAAUGAGAAUCCCUUUGCAGUCAGGUGAUGGGGGAGAGACAGACCUGUGGGGAAGAGGAGGGGUUUAACCUGCCCCUUCCUGGCUUUUCAGAGUCAGCCUGAAAAGAAAUUAAAGCUUGACUGUAACCCCA